GUUAAAAUCACAUAUGACACGAGACUACGCAAUUCAGCGGCGUUUAGUGAAACAGAACUAUAGCUACACACAUUUGCUCGACGUUCACUCACAAGCCCAACAAAACCGCUAAACAUAGAAAAUAGAUUCCACUCCAUAUUUUGUCAGCCACAACCCUCUGACCCAGCCAGAGCUGCAAGCUUGCGGAUGGAUACGCGAAAUACAGCGCUGUACGGCACCGCUCAGGGCGAACCGAGAGGGCGACUGUAAGACGAAACGCAAAAAGAAAGAGAAAGCGAAUAUAAAGAAACGAACUGCUUUUCAACGAGAAACAAAUAUACCGUGAAACGUGCUACAAAGGCUACGGACAUUCUUGGACGGACGCACCGAGGCCUGUUCGCUACCGAUCGGGCGGAGAGGGCUGAAAUACCGAAGAGAAAGGAUCAGACCCGGGCAGCACAGACUAGAACCCCGGCAGCGGGCUCCAUUUUAACUCCUCGGCCGGUCUCCGCCUCACGUGUCCUGGACUGUCUCUCUCACAUGACCCGAGUGUUUGUCCCCGUGAUCAGCACUUCCAUCUCCGUCUCAGUGUCACCGAAUAUCACAUUUUAAAUUCCGACCCUCAUGGAUAUGCUGGAGCAGAGUUUGGACAGCGCUGUGAGUCACGAAAAACAAGAGGAGGAAGUUGUGCAGAUUACAGAAGGGGACAGCGCGGGAGCGGCGGAGCAGACGGCGGUCACCAUCGCGGGGGUGCAGCAGGCUGCGACGUUCGCCGAUCACAAUAUUCAGUACCAGUUCCGCUCAGAGAACACCGGCGGACAAGUGACGUACCGAGUCGUGCAGGUGACGGACCAGCAUUUAGACGGGGCUGACGACGGGGGAGGGGCUGUCAGCGUUGUUUCCACCGCUGCAUUCGCUGGAGCUCAGCAGGCAGUCGCACAGGCUGUGAUUCAGAACCCCUUCAGUAAUGGUGGCAGCCCAGCGGGGGAGUCAGUGGGAGGGGAGACACGAUUCGCCUAUUUCCCUGCUGCCACAGUGAGCGACGGAACCGCCACCGCCGUAUCGGUCCAGGCCACCGCCGACCCCACCCUCACUCAGGCCGGGGGUCAGUUCUAUGUGAUGAUGACCCCUCCAGAUGUCCUUCAGUCCGGCACGCCCCGCACCAUCGCCCCCCGGACGCACCCCUACUCCACAGACGAAACCGAGGCGCUGCAACAUGAUGGGUUAAACUGGAAGAUGGACGGACCACGGACGCCCAGAGACGAAAGGAGGAGAGCGCAGCACAACGAAGUCGAAAGGCGGCGAAGAGACAAGAUCAAUAACUGGAUCGUCACGCUCUCAAAAAUCAUCCCAGACUGCAACAUGGACAGCAGCAAGACUGGGGCGAGUAAAGGAGGCAUCCUGUCCAAGGCCUGCGAUUACAUCCGCGAGCUCAGGCAGAACAACCAGAGGCUGCAGGAAAGCUUCAAGGAGGUGGAGAGAGUGCAGGUGGACAACGACCUUCUGAGGCAGCAGAUCGAGGAGUUGAAGAACGAGAACGCCUUGCUCCGAGCACAGCUGCAGCAACAUGGGAUUGACAGCGUGGGAGAGACGACCCAGCAGUGAGGGAGGGGGAGGGGGGAGGAGGAGGAGGAGGGUGAAGAUGAAGAUGAAGACAUGAGAGGCCAGGCAGAGAGUGACACUGAGGGACAUCAAACAGCUACUGAAGAAGCAGGUCCCUCGCUGUCCCCAUCCUCCCCCCAUCUGUGGGCUGUGACACGGUGGCAUGCAGGGGGCACUGUGACCCGCCCUGCUGGCCCCCACAGACCCAGAUAAAAACACUUUUCUUCACCAGGAGCCCUCGCAAAACAAGAUCCCACAUGCCAGAGCUGUGACCAGCACACUCACACUCACACUCAUACACACACACGUACACACACACGUGCACACUCACACUCA